AUGGGGAUAUGCACAUCAAAAAAAAAAGUGGAUGAGAACAUUUAAAUAGUACCCUACAAGUAAAAUUAUAUAAAUGAUGUAUUUUGAUAGAGUUUGUAUAACUGCGUUCAUUUGGAAUAAAGAAAGUCAUAAUUUAUUUGAUUUUGAGAGUAAUUAGGCUGCUAAAAAGGAAAUAGAAUUAGAUUUUUCAGGUAGUUAUGAAUCAAAUAAUUAGCAACACUUUCAAUGGUGGAUAACUAAAUUAUCGCAUUAACAGAUAAUGUAUAAAAUUCUCACAAUUAUAAAACAGGAAUAUGUAAAUAAAUAGAUCCAAUUACUCAGAGUUGAUUGCUAAUAAGAAUAUAUGAUGUUGUCAGGUAUGAGUUAAAAAUCAGAUUAAAGAGUUUGGGCUAUUUUAUGUAAUAGACCAGAUUUUGAAUCAUUGAAUGUAUAUUAUAAACUAUAAUAAGGAAUGGGAACUCUAAAAAGGUGAUAUGAUAAAAUUAGGAAGAAUGAAAUUAUAACUUUUAGAUUUUAAUUAUGAAAUUGAUGCUCUUUAAUAAUAAAAAGAAUAAGUAGAAAAUGAUGAUGAAUUAUAAUCUAAAGAUUUAGAACUUGAAGCUAGUUAAUGCAGAAUUUGUUUCUCUAAGAGUGGUUCUCUAUCUAACCCACUCUUUAGUCCUUGUAAAUGUAAUCUAAAUCAUUAUUUUAAUUAGGUAUUGGCUCUAUGAAAUAUGUCCAUCUUAAUUGUCUAUAAAUUUGGAUUCAGUAAUAAAUUAAAAUUAAAAACCAGCAGUCAUCAAUUCAAUAUAUAUGGAAGAAAAUGGAAUGUGAAAUUUGUAAAAUGUCUCUUUAAAGUACUUACACAUAUUAAGGUUAAAUAUUUUGCAUUAUGCAAAUAUAAAAACCUGUUGUUCCUUAUAUGAUAUGGAAAAUAACAUCUGAUGAUAAAUCAAAAGAAGGAAUUAUCUAAGUUAUGGAAUUGCUUGAUAAAUCUGAAAUCAAAAUAGGCAGAGUCCCUGAUUGUGACAUUAAAUUAAAGGAUAUUUCUGUCUCUAGAAGCCAUGCUAUUAUUAAAGUGAUAAAAUAAGAAGAUAAUAAAUAUAAAUUGAUUUUGUAGGAUAAUAAUUCUAAAUUUGGAACUUUGUUAUAUGCAUAAUCAGAUAAAUUAUUAAGAUAUGAAUUAUAAUAUCAAUAAAAGGUUCUCUAUUAAAUUGGGAGAGUUCUCCUUUAUGUAUAAUUAAAAGAAAAAGGCAAAUCUUAUAACAAAUAGUAUUCCUAAUUUUCUAUUUUUAGAUUUACUUGUUAUAGACAUCCAAAUUAAAUUCAAGUCUUUCCCAAAAAAACCAUUAAUGAAUAAGCUACAAUUGUUCCAAAUUUUGAAAAAGACAAAGAUAACCAACUAUCAUUUUAAACACAUAAUGAAUUAAAUCAGGAUGACAUAGUUAUUAAUGUUAAAUAAAUAUGA